AUGAGCAACAAUCAGAAGCCCUCGAAACCCGACGCACUUGUGGUCAACAACGACGUCGCGUCUGACGACGGCAGUGAAGGGAAGGAGGAUGUAGCGGCGCCCCCGGCGUUCGUGCCCACGGCGAGUCGCGUGGAGGUGCACCCGCUGGUGCUGCUGUCCCUGGUAGAUCACUACGCCCGUAUGAACACCUCUGCCCUCCAGAAGAAGCGCGUGGCGGGGUUGCUGCUCGGGCGCUACACGCGUGACCAUACUGGGCUGCAGAUACUCGACAUCAACAACAGCUUCGCCGUCCCCUUUGACGAGGACCCGCAGGACGCUGAUGUGUGGUUCUUCGACACGAAUUACGCCCAGGAAAUGUUUGUGAUGCACAAACGCGUGCUUCCGAAGGUGAGGGUCGUGGGAUGGUACUCCUCCGGCCCCACCAUUCAGCCCAACGACAUGCUGCUGCACCUUCUCGUCGCGGAUCGCUUCUGUCUCAACCCUGUCUACUGUGUAGUGAACACCGACCCAAACAACAAGGGCGUGCCUGUGCGGGCCUACACGACGGUUCAGGGGCGUGAGGGCACACGUUCACUCGAGUUCCGCAAUAUCCCAACCCACCUCGGUGCGGAGGAAGCGGAGGAGAUCGGUAUUGAGCAUCUCCUGCGCGAUCUGACCGACUCCACCAUCACCACACUCUCCACCCAGGUGCAGGAGCGGGAGCUGUCCCUGAUUCAUCUGUGCAAGGUGCUUCAGCAGAUAGAGGAGUACCUCAAGGAUGUCGGAAACGCUGUCAUGCCGAUCUCCGAGGAUGUACUGGGGGUGCUGCAGGAGCUGAUUAGCCUACAACCUGAAAUCUACGCACGCCGCGCGUCGACUGAGAUGAUUCGGCACACAAACGACGAGGCGAUUGCGACCUUUUUAGCGGCCAUCGCCCGCUGCAUCGGUGCUCUGCAUGGCGUCAUAAUGAACCGCCGCAAACUGGCGCGCGAGCUGCAGGAAAUUAAAGAUCGUCGCGCCCGCGCCACCGAGACGCGGCUGGAGAAUGAAAAGAUGAAGAUCGAGGAGGCGACCAAGGAGAAAGACAACAACCAGGCGUAG